UGCUGUUAGCGCAAUCAGCUGUUAAGAACCGAAUAUUUUCUAGCUGGCAACGUAAACAGAAAAUAUAUAUCUUGCGAAUCGGCCACGAAUUCAUCGAUCGGCAUUAGUCACAUCAGUCCGCUGCACGCACACCAUGCUAAAGGCCGUUAUCCUGAUCGGGGGCCCCCAGAAGGGCACCCGCUUCCGCCCCCUGUCGCUGGACACGCCCAAGCCCCUCUUUCCACUGGCCGGUCGUCCUUUGAUCGCCCAUCAUAUUGAGGCCUGUGCCCAGCUCCCCGAUCUCCGGGAGAUCCUGAUCAUCGGCUAUUACCCGCAAACCCAGAUGGAGGGAUUCGUCGGCGACAUGCAGGCCCUGUACAGCAGCAGCAACAUCAACAUCAGAUACCUGCAGGAGUUCACUGCCUUGGGAACUGCCGGUGGAAUGUAUCACUUCCGAGAUCAAAUUAGAGCUGGCAAUCCGCGAGCCUUCUUCGUUCUGAAUGGAGAUGUUUGCGCCGAUUUUCCGCUGCAGGAACUGUGUGGGUUCCACGAGAAGCGUCCAUCGAGUGCACUGGUGACCAUCAUGUCCACGGAAGCAACGCGCCAGCAAUCGCUGCACUACGGAUGCCUGGUUUUCGAUCGGAACAGCGGUGCUGUGUCCCACUAUGUGGAGAAGCCCAGCUCCUAUGUGUCCACCUUCAUUAACUGCGGAGUGUAUGUCUGCUCCAUGGAUAUAUUCACCGUGCUGGCGCAGAUUUUCCACUCGCGGGGUCAGGAGUACGGCUGCCACGGAUUCAGCAAUGGCAAUGGAAAUGGAAAUGGUCGGGAGCAGGGCCACAUCAAGUGGGAGCAGGAAGUGCUCACUCCGCUGGCGGGCACCGAUAAGCUCUUCGCCAUGCCGGUGCCCAAUUGGUGGUCCCAACUGAAGACCGCCGGAUCCGCCAUCUACGCGAAUCGUCAUUACCUGGGCUUGUACAAGAAAACGCAUCCGGAGAGAUUGGCCAAUGUGGGAACCAAACGCGGAGAGGGCGAUGGCAGCUUAAUAUGCACCGUGUUUCCGGAUGUCUACGUUCAUCCCAGUGCCACCGUUCAUCACAGCGCUGUGCUGGGGCCGAAUGUGGCCAUAGGACCUGGAGUGACCGUUGGACCUGGUGUGCGCAUCCGCGAAUCGAUUGUUCUGGAGCAGGCUCAAAUUCUGGACCACACGCUCGUCCUGCACUCGAUUGUGGGCAGGGGUUCCACCAUAGGAGCUUGGGCACGUGUCGAGGGCACACCAAGUGAUCCGGAUCCCAAUAAGCCCUUUGCCAAAAUGGAAAACCCACCGCUGUUCAACAAUGAGGGAAAGUUGAAUCCCUCGAUUACCAUACUGGGCUGUUUCGUGCAAGUCCCCGCCGAGAAGAUCCUGCUGAACAGUAUAGUACUGCCGCACAAGGAGCUCAGCCGCAGCUUCAAGAACGAAAUUAUCUUGUGAGGAUGAUUAUUCACUAUUAUCUUCGGCCUUUGUCCUUAUCAGUAUGCCAUUUUAUAUGUUUCUAUUGUGCAAUAUUCCAAAAAUGUAUCUAUUAAAUGUGCCCUAGCCCUUGAA